ACAGACCAGACGGGUCAGCAGAGCUAAAAACCUGCCCCCGAUCUCAAAGAGAGCUAGAAACUGAGACAUCUGCUGAGUUUUGGAGACGGAAAGAUUGAGAGAGACCUGUUGGAAUUUACUGCUGAGAUCCAGCUUUUAUUUUCAUUUAAUGUAAGGACUUUUUGCAACAAGUCAGACCUGCACAUAACUUUAAAUGAGUUUUGCACUGGAUUUGAUCCCUUUUUAGAUUUUUAUUCGUGUGCGUAAUUUUGAGGACAGUUUUGUGGAAGUUAAAAUACGUGGGGUUUGUAGCUAAUAGUGGAAACCCCUUUAAAGGAUUUUACUUGUUUCUUCGUAGAGACUUUAUUAUCAUUUUUUUCUUUCCACUUGUCGGAUUUCAGUUAUACGAUGUGGUCUUUACACGUCUCCAUUGGUUUAAUCGCCGCUCUGUGCGUCGGCGCGGCGCACAGUGCCUGGGAGGAGAGCACCGUGGUGCCGGUCAGACUAGACCCUACGGCCCGGUCGGAGAGCGCAACCGAAGCCUGGCGGACUCUCUCCCCAGAGGAGCAGGAGAAGGAGGCGGAGAUGAGGGUGUACCGGUUGGACGUCUUCGGUAAGGAGCUGAUCUUGCAGCUAGAGCCUGACCAGACCUUCCUGGCGCCGGGUUUUGUCUUCCACGUUGUGGGGAGUCCAGACUCCGAACCGACACAGGAACCCACGAGCGGAUCCGAACCGGGUUGUUUCUUCUCGGGCACGGUGAACGGAGAGGAGCACUCCGCUGCUGCACUCAACCUGUGCCACGGACUCAGGGGCGGAUUCUACUUUCAGGGUGAAGAAUACUUUAUUCAGCCCCUUAACUCCAGUGACUUUCAGGGUAAUGAGGAUGAUGUCCACACCAUUCGCUGGAGAAGUCAGGCAGCUUUGACUGAUGAAGGAAGCUCCAAAUGUGGGGUCAACGAGGACGAAGAGAGGGUGCCAAAUAAUCUGGAGAAAGAAGCCAAGCGCGGAACCGCUAAUUCAGACCAGACAGCUCACCAGAGGACCAGGCGUUUUGUUUCCACCCCUCGCUACCUUGAGAUCAUGCUGGUAGCUGACCAGUCUAUGGCUGAGUUCCAUGGUGCCGGGCUCAAACCCUACCUUCUGACCAUCAUGGCUGUUGCUUCCCGCCUCUACCGCCAUCCCAGCAUCCACAACUCCAUCAGUCUGGCAGUGGUGAAGUUGCUGGUGGUGUACGAGGAGGAGCGAGGCCCUCAGGUGUCAUCUAACGCUGCUAUGACCCUCCGCAACUUCUGCCAGUGGCAACGCCAGCACAACCCUCCAAGUGACCGCCAUCCCGAGCACUAUGACACCGCAGUGCUCUUCACCAGGACGGAUCUUUGUGGUGCCCACUCUUGUGAUACUCUUGGAAUGGCAGAUGUUGGGACAGUGUGCGACCCUGAGAGAAGCUGCUCAAUUAUUGAGGAUGAUGGACUGCAAGCAGCAUUUACAGUGGCACAUGAACUAGGUCAUGUGUUCAACAUGCCUCAUGAUGAUGCCCAGCUGUGCUCUGGAGUUAACGGUGCCCACUGGGGCUCCCACAUGAUGGCAUCUACUCUUUCCAACCUGGACCAGCAGCAGCCAUGGUCCCCCUGCUCCGCUCUCAUGGUCACCACUUUCCUAGACAACGGCCAUGGUCAGUGCCUGCUGGAUAAGCCUGUCAAGCCUCAGCCACUCCCCCAGCCCCUGCCUGGCACAGUCUAUGAUGCAGACCAUCAGUGUCGCCUGACCUUUGGUGAUGACUCCCAGCACUGCCCAGACCUGAGCACAACCUGUGCAGCUCUGUGGUGCACUGUGACUACAUCCAAUGGUUUGCUGGUGUGCCAGACCAAGAACUCUCCCUGGGCUGAUGGAACACCAUGCGGGCAUGACAGCUACUGCUUGGCAGGACAAUGUCUCACAAAGAGUCAAGCUGCCAAACACCAGACUCCUGUCAAUGGUGGCUGGGGACUUUGGGGUCCCUGGGGCGACUGCUCUAGAACUUGCAGUGGAGGGGUGCAGUAUUCUUUCCGCUCAUGUGACAACCCUGUGCCCAAGAACGGAGGGAAGUACUGUGAGGGCAAGAGAAUCCAGUACCGCUCCUGUAACACGGAUGCCUGUCCUGAUACCAAUGGCUUGUCAUUCCGUGAGGAACAGUGCCUGGCCCACAACGAUAUGUCAGCCCAAGUGUCGCUCGGUUCAGGCGAGGGUGUUGAGUGGGUGCCCAAGUAUGCUGGAGUGUCACCCAAAGACCGCUGCAAGCUGGUGUGCCGGGCCAAGGGGACUGGAUACUUCUUUGUCCUCAAAUCUAAGGUGGCUGAUGGCACACCCUGCAGCCCAGAUUCCACCUCAGUUUGUGUUCAAGGCCAGUGUGUCAAGGCUGGAUGUGAUCGUGUCAUUGGUUCCAGUCGGCGCUUUGACAAGUGCGGUGUGUGUGGUGGAGAUGGUUCUACCUGCAAGAAAGUGUCAGGCUCCAUGGAGCGUGCCAGGCCUGGUUACCAGGAUGUUGUUACUAUCCCUGCUGGUGCCACCCAUCUGGAUGUCAAGCAACGUGCCCCUGGCAGUGGUCGUCAUGAUAACAGCUACUUGGCAGUGCGUCGCCAAGAUGGUUCCUAUUUGUUAAAUGGUGAUUACAAGCUGAUGACCAUAGAGACCGACAUCGCCCUACGUGGAGCACUAUUGCGAUACAGCGGCUCCUCCGCCACUCUGGAGCGGAUCCGGAGCUUCGCCCCACUACCUGAGCCCCUGACCAUCCAGGUGCUGUCUGUAGGAGAGGCUCCAAGGCCAAGGGUUAAGUACAGCUACUUCACCCCAAGACCCAACAAUGCUGCUUCAGCCUCCUAUAACAAUGGAGGUCGCCGCCAAUCCAUCAAUGCCAUCCGAGAGAUGGGUGGAGCCGAGUGGACCCUGAGGGAGUGGGGUCCAUGCUCCCAGAGCUGUGGAGGAGGUAUGCAGCAGAGAGAGGUGGUGUGUCUGGACCCACAGGGUCGUCCCUCCAAGGACUGUCCAGAGGAGCUGCGUCCCCUGGCCUCACGGUCCUGCGCCUCCCAGGCAUGUCCCUCCUGGCUUCUUGGAGAAUGGUCGCUAUGCUCCAAAACCUGCGGCAGAGGCUUCCGCAAACGCCAACUUCGCUGCAUUGGCCAUGAUGGGCGUACAUUAACCCAUGACAGCUGUGACCCCAAAGACCGUCCGCGACCCCUGCUGGAACUGUGCUAUCAGAGUGCCUGCUAAGGACUGCCUCUACAAUCUAACCUCGUUCUCUCCACCUAACUUUCCAAAAGACAUCAGAUAAAAACUCUAAUCUUCACUGCCUCAUUUUUCCCAUGGACAGUCUAAAGAGGUAGAUGAAUGUUUACAUCCAUACGGCAGGUCUCCAUGGGUUCCAGUUGAUCCAACAGUUCCACAUGUCAAUGGAACCACAAUGACUGCAUCUGUAACUUCCAAUUUUUACCAUUUCCAUUUUGGAGCCAGAUGUUAAACAACAGUGGCAUUGCCACCUGGUUGCAGCAAUAUGGCUGCAUUCAGCUUGCUGCUGUAUGGCUUCAAAACAAAACAGUGGCACAUUUUGCCUCCCAUCAAGGAGGACAACACAUGGACAUUCCUGAUUUCUUAAAGCAUGCUGCUUACCGUGCCAAUGUCAUGCUUGUAUGCAUGUGUGUGUGUGUGUGUGUGUGUGUGUGUGUGUAUGUGUGUGUGUGAGAGAGAGAGAGACAGAUAGAGGGAGGGAGAGAAAGAGAGAGUGUGUGUGUGUGUGAGACAGAGAGAGAGAAACUGAGAGACUGUAUGUGUCAAAUUUUUAAUACAUGUAUAUGAUGUUUGUCCAAGCUGGGCUGGACAGACACAAGGGUGGGUGGGGAAGGUUAUUGCAGAGUAUAUAAAGAAACACAUGAACGAAUAUAGCUCAUAUUCUACUUGCUAACCCCAUCAGGUAUGGAAAAUAAGAUAGCUCAUAGUCAGUGUUUUUGUUCAAAAUUGCCAGUCCACAUUUAUUUAUCACAAACCUGUAGCACUUCAUCUUUGUUUUUACCAGCGGCACAUUGUAACAUCCAUUUGUCUCUAAAUGCCUCAGUACAUCGUACUUUGUCCUUUAGCCAUAUCUUGCCCUCGUCUACACAGCUUCCAAUGAGGGAACUCUUCAAAGACCAAAGAGGUGUGUUUGAGUUUAUGUGUGCCUGUGUGUAUGUGUGUGUGUGUGUGGAGACCUAAAGAGGGACUUGUCUCCUGCUACUACUUCAUAAGUAAGUCUCUCCUGCCUUCUGCGAAGGCUCUUGUUUUUUUUCUAUCAAGUUUUUAUUUCUCUUUUGUACAGAAUAUCCAAACAUUAUUUAUUUUUGUACAGCCUGUUAUAUAUAAUCAUGUGGCUUUUUUAAUAUUAUUUUUUAUUUGUUAUUUGUUAUUUGUUAUUGAGAUCACAGAAGGAAGUAGAAUAUACAGAGUAUUUAUACAGUGUUAUAUAUAUAUGGUCCUAGGUUCAUGAAUAAAGUAUCACAUUGAC